CACACAAGUAGCUGAAGCACACAGUAUUUUUAAAAGGUAACCUUUUUUUAAUUGGCAGCACUGAAAUCACACAGAAACCCCAGCCUUGCGUUGGUUCAAAGGUCCCAGCAGACACUGCCGAACGCACAAACUGCCUGCUUCACGUGGACAAAUCCCACUGAACUCGUGCUCGUAACUGCUGGAGCUGGAGGUGCAAAUAACCUCACAUCAACCACUGCAAUGCCUGUAUCUGGGUCUGGGGCACACUGCUGUUCUUCCAGCAGCGUUUUAAGCUCCGAACAGCACCCAACUGUGAGCUUUGCAGCACGAGGGGCCGCAGCCCACAGCCCACAAGCUGUUCCAACCGCUGCUUCAGAGCAAGUUGUGGAGGUGCUGCCUGUUCCCAACUUCUGCCCCAAGCAGCGAUAACCACAGCUGUUGGGUGUCACGACGGGGAGCAUUGCGUGUCGGCCUUGUGAGAGCCUUGUUUGCACAGCCACCUUACGACAACAGGACGAGCUGACGGCAUCUGGGUGCAUCCCUGCCAGCACCAACCAGUGCCACACCAGCGAGCAAAAAGCAAAAUGCACAGCAGGGCCUGAGACGUGUGCUGGAAUAUUUUGUUCUCAUGUGGGAGCUUUGAUAAGGAUGCAGACAGGGACACGGGGUGCGUUAGGGGUAUAGAAAGAAGCGCUGGGUGCGGGGGCUGAGGGCUGUCCUGCCGCUCCCAGAGGACGACAGAGAGCAGCAGAGGUGAGUGAGCUGUGUGAGGCCAGGAGCCGGGGGAGGAGGAGGAGCACCCAGGGGUGCUGGCAGACCUGGGGCCCAGCAAGUGCUUUUGGGACUAAACGUUGAGAAAUUCACCAUCUGUUUUGGUCAUUUCUGAAAGACUUUGGAGGACUCAGGGUUGUGGACAAGGGGCAGGCGGCACUAGAAGCCCCCCGCAGCGCCAGGAGCAGCGCGCCGAGCGGAGGUGCCCGUGACUCAGUGCCACGGCACCUUUAAAUGGGCGAACUGUGGCCCCCAGCGCCUCGGCUGGCCGCCGUGCCGUGCCGUGCCGUGCCGUGCCGUGCCGUGCCGUGCCGUGCCGUGCCGUGCCGUGCCGUGCCCCCCCACUGUCGCGCACCGCGCCUGCGCGGCCAUCGCCAGGGCCGGCCGUGCUCCCGUCGGCGCCGCGCUCCGCACAGCUUUGUCCGAUCGCGGGCGACUUGGAGGCCCGGAGGGGCGGUGGGGAACCUCGGGGUGACCCCGAGCCGCUGGAUACGAGAGGGCGGUGGGCGCAGGCGGCCCUUAAGGUGGAUCGGCGCUUAAGGUGGACUGGCCGUUAAGGUGGAUCGCGUUUAAGGUGGACUCGCCGCCAAGCCGCGCCUGCGGGGCGGGCAGGGCCGGGCUUCGGCAUGGGGAGAGGCUCCUGAAGCGGCCGCCGGAGGAGCAGCGCCGGCCGUCCCGAGGAGGAGAUGGGGGAGGCCCGCUGCUGAGAGCCAACUUCUCCCGGCCGCCAACAAUGAGCAGCGCGCAGCCCCGCAGGCAGAGGCGGCCCAUGGACGGAGGCGAGGCGGGGGAGCGGAGCCAGAUGCCGAGCUGCCGAGGGGCUGACAGGAGAGCGGCUUUCCCCCUCCAGCGAGUCUCCAGCUCCUGACUGCUCACCGGGAGGAGGGGGGGGGGGAGGCCGUUCCGCCGUCUUUUGAUUGGGAGAGAUUUAAUUUUCUUUCGAGGGAGCUCCUCCAUCACCGCCCUCAGCGCCGCUUCCCGGCCCCGAAGUUGUCCCGGCCGCGGUUCCCCCGCCCGCAGCGCCAUGGAGACGGUGGGGAAGUUUGAGUUCAGCAGGAAGGACCUGAUCGGACACGGAGCCUUCGCCGUCGUCUUCAAAGGCAGGCACAAAGAGAAACCUGAGCUGGAAGUAGCUGUGAAAUGCAUUAACAAGAAGAACCUUGCAAAAUCACAGACUCUGCUGGGCAAGGAAAUUAAAAUACUUAAGGAACUGAAACAUGAAAACAUCGUUGCCUUGUAUGACUUCCAGGAGGUGGCAAAUUCUGUCUACUUGGUUAUGGAGUACUGCAAUGGUGGUGACCUGGCAGACUACCUUCACACUAUGCGGACACUUAGUGAAGACACCAUCAGGCUCUUUCUCCAGCAGAUAGCAGGUGCAAUGAAAAUGCUGCACAGCAAAGGCAUCAUCCAUCGGGAUCUGAAACCACAGAAUAUCCUCCUUUCCUAUGCUGGAGGCAGGAAAUCAAAUCCCAACAACAUUCGCAUAAAGAUUGCUGACUUUGGAUUUGCCCGUUACCUGCAGAAUAAUAUGAUGGCAGCAACUUUAUGUGGUUCACCAAUGUACAUGGCACCAGAAGUCAUUAUGUCUCAACACUACGAUGCCAAAGCUGACCUCUGGAGUAUUGGAACCAUCAUUUAUCAGUGUCUGACAGGAAAGGCUCCUUUUCAGGCCAGUAGCCCACAGGAUCUUCGUCUCUUCUAUGAGAAAAACAAGAUGCUGAUGCCGAACAUCCCCAGGGAGACAUCAAGCCACCUGAGGCAGCUACUGUUGGGCCUUCUGCAGCGCAAUCAUAAGGACCGCAUGGACUUUGAUGAGUUUUUUCAUCACCCAUUCUUGGAUGCAAGUGCCUCAAUGAAAAAAUCUGCUUCUGUGCCAAUGCCUUCUUACCCCAGUUCGGGCUCUGGUAGUUCCUCCAGCAGCUCUUCUACUUCCCACCUGGCAUCACCUCCUCAGUCUCUUGGAGAGAUGCAGCAGCAGCUGCAAGAGAAGGCGUUAGCAUCUCCUACCCAGGAUUCCCCCGGCUUCCUGCAUGGAUCGAAGGACUCUGCUGGAAGCAGCAGUAAGAAUUCAUCCUGUGACACUGAUGACUUUGUUAUGGUCCCUGCACAGUUCUCAAGUGAAAUGACUGCAGAAGCUGCAGGAGGGAAGCCAAUCCAAGAUAGCCUGAUGUACAGUGGGAGUUCUCUGGUGACUUCAGCUGGCUUGGAAAGCCAGGGAAGAACACCAUCUCCUUCUCCCCCUUACAGCAGUUCUCCUAGCCCCUCCAGCCGGCCAGGUCAGUUUUCCAGCAGCAAAUACGGACACUCUGUGCCCAUCCCGGUUCCAACCCAAAUUCAUAACUACCGUCGGAUAGAGCAGAACCUGCAGUCUCCCCACCAGUACGCCUCUCCUCGGUCUGGUACUGUCCGGAGAUCUAGCAGUACAAGCCCUCUUGGUUUUCCUAAAACUGGUGCUUCCCCUCCUUAUCCUGGAGAGCAUGGAUCUGUGCCUAGCUCUAGAAAGCUUUCCUUUGGCGGUGCCAAGCCAUUUAUGCCAUCACCACAAGUUGGAACAAUCCCGGAGCAGCCCAGCCAGACUGUUAUCCCCUCUUCUCUUGGAGCAGAAGUGAGAAGUCGGAUUCCUGCAGCUGGUGCCUCAGCACCCGAACACUCUCCUCGAGGGAUGGGUUCCCGGCUCCACAGUGCUCCCAACUUGUCAGAUUUGCAUUCCUGCAGGCAGAAGAUAACCAAGCAGCACUCUGAUCCUCUAGUUGCUCACUUUGGCCAUACCCCAGUCAGCCAACCUCUGCAGAUUCAUGGCCUGCAGCACUGCCGGCAGCUCAGAUCCUCACCAAAGCUGUCUGAGUUCAUGCAGAGAAGCCCAUUGCCAACUAUCAUGGGCUCCCCUACAAAGGCUGUGUCCCCUUUUGAGUUUCCCAAAACUCCAAGUUCCCAGAACCUUCUCACUCUCUUGGCCCAUCAGGGGGUCAUGAUGACUCCAACACGGAACAAGACCCUGCCAGAUCUGAAGGAGAUGGGUCACUUCCACUGCCAGCAGACUGGCUUGGGGUUGAGGCCUGUAGAGGAGAUCAAGGGCAGAUCUCUAAGCACAGGCAGGCUUACUGACCUACUUCUCAAGGCAGCCUUUGGGGCACAGAUCUCAGAAGCUGGAAGCAAUGACAGCCUGAACAGUGAGAAGCCAAUGGAAGUUGCAGCUCCCUCAGGUGCUUACGGAGGGACACUGCACUCUGGUGCCCGGGCAGGGGGCUCUGCCAGCCCAUCCCCAGUGAUUUUUACUGUUGGAUCCCCUCCCAGUGGAACAACUCCCCCACAGACCACGAGGACCAGGAUGUUUUCAGUGGGGUCUUCCAGCUCUCUCAGUUCUGGAGGCUCAUUCACUGGCAGGCACUUGGCAGUGGGAACUGGUGGGGAUGCUCUGGAGGGCCCUUCGAGUCUCCGGUAUGCUUUUGCUGAUCCAAUCACCGCUAACCUGGAAGGUGCUGUUACAUUCGAGGCACCAGAGCUGCCUGAAGAGACACUCAUGGAGCAAGAGCACACCGACAUCCUGCGCAGCCUCCGCUUCACACUGGCCUUUGUCCACUAUGUGAUGGAGAUUGCUGCCCUGAAAGGCAACUCCAGCGAGAUGAGCGGUUCAGUGGCAUCCGAAUACCAGCUGCAGGAGAGCGUGGUGGCCGACCAGAUCAGCCUGCUCAGCCGGGAGUGGAGCUAUGCAGAGCAGCUCGUGCUGUACCUGAAAGUAGCAGAGCUUCUGUCCUCAGGCCUGCAGACAGCCAUAGAGCAGAUCAAGGCUGGCAAGCUGUGCCUCUCCUCCACUGUCAAGCAAGUUGUGAAGAAGCUCAAUGAGCUAUAUAAAUCCAGUGUUUCAUCCUGCCACUGCCUCAACAUGAGACUGCAGAGGUUCUUCCUGGACAAACAGAAACUCAUGGAUCAGAUCAACAGCAUCACUGCAGAGAAGCUCAUCUUCAGCUAUGCUGUGCAAAUGGUCCAGUCUGCAGCCCUGGAUGAGAUGUUCCACCACAGAGAGGACUGCGCACAGAGAUACCACAAGGCUCUGCUGCUGAUGGAGGGGCUCCUGAACAUCAUCACUGAACAGGGGGACAUAGAAAACAUCAAUAAAUGUAAACUGUGCAUUGAGCGCAGGCUGUCAGCUCUGCUGUCGGGGUUCUGCGCCUGAUUUGAGUGAUGUUCUCCAUGCACCUCAUCCCAGCUGAUCACUUUGUUUCCAAUGGCCUGCUGCUGUGGUGGGAAACAAUUCUGGCAGUAGGACACCUGGAGGAUGAACUGCUCAAUGUUCUAUAUUCUGGCAUUUUGGGAAGUUGUUCCACAGUCUUAGAUUCUUUUGUGGGGCUGUGUGACUGUAGAAGCACGAAUGCUUCCCUUUCCAAAGGCCUGGACGAAGACGAAGCUGAUGUGGAAAGGUUUCCCUCAUUGGCAGCAGGGAUGAAGGAUAGCAGUCUGCUUCUUCCCAGCACUUCGAAGGAUAAGACUGCUGCCUGCCCACUUGCUUAAGAACAGGGUAUUCCAGUGCUGUCUCCAUUGCAGGCAAUGGAUGUGCCUAAACUGCUGGCUUCAGUUAAUGUUAGAGGCUGUCGUUCAGAAAUUAAGGCCAGUUUGUGUACUUCCCCCUACCCCAGCUGACAGCCAGGCACCUUCAAGCUUCCUGACAGCCCCAGGCUCCCCGCCUGUCUCCUUCAUCCCAUCUCAUACACGCUGAAGCCUUGGAGUUUGUACAGAGCUGAAAGGAAGGAAGCUGCGCUUUGCCUGAGCGUGGCUGAAGUCGCUGCUGCCUUCUGCAGACGUACUGAGCGAGGCUGGGAGCGAGCUGUCCCUGGGAUGUCCACAUCUCUGUGGCUGUCGCGUGGGCUGCCUCUGUCUGCGGGUGGACAAAUGGCACAGGGAAAGAGUCUGCACGGAAUGCAGGGAGGCGACAGAAAACGUAACCUUCCUGUCUUUCUCAGAAGCCAAAACGAAUCCGUUCCUCCCUUGUUCCCCGAGCUCACUGGGGUCAGCAUUAAAGACUCCUGGCUGUCAGUUCAGCCCGUCAGUACAUAUCUACCACAAGGGAGCAGUAGCGCUGUCCUGCUUUCAGCUGUUGCUAGAGACCCUUCCCAGAGCCCUCACCCCGAACUGAAAACACUAGCUUUGUGAAUCAAAGGAGCACUUUACACACUAUGGGAACUUUCAGAAGUUGACUUUGCAUCACACAACAACCCAGGAACAUCACGACUGUUAGGAAUGCUGUUCUUUUUAUUCCUUUCCUUGUUUCCUGGUUGUUUUAUUGCACUACGUGUGUGCAUAUAUUAAUAUGUAUUCCUGAGGUUGAAUAUAUAUUGAUAUAUAUGGUUUGUGUGUAACUGUACGUAUUUAACUGUACUGUAUUUGUGAGUGUGAGGCACUGCGGAGUCUGUGCUGUUCCUCCUCCAUACCAGGCAACGCUGACUCGCAGUCUGGCAGUACCAAGAUGUUUCUGUUUGUUUGGGUUUUUAUUUAAGUGUUCUUUCAAGGACAGUCAGUAUGAAGCUCCGUGCUUUUUAAGAGCUCGAGAACAGGUGUAAGAUCCGACACACAAUUGGAAAUGGAUUCUUUUUCUUUUUUUCUUUUUUUUUAAAGUUUUAUUUGCUGCUUCAUUUUUUUAUAAAGAGAUCUGGUAGCGUUCGGUUCAAUGUUCAGCAUUUCUUUUCAGGAGACUCUGUAGCCAAAUGUGACUGCAGGUGCGAGUGGCUCGAGUUCUGGUUGAGGCUUCGGAUGCUGUGAGCAGAUGUGUGAGAGGAUCGCCGGCUGCCUUCCGUCUGUCUGCGUGCGCAUGUGUGUGUCUUAAUUUAUCAGUCAUGGCAGUAUUUUGGUAGCGCUGGGCAGAAAAGGAUCUUUGAAAGCAACUCGAAACCUCAGGCUUUGUUUCAGGGGAUUUAAUAAUACUUUGCACAUGGUGGUUAAGUCCUCACUGCUUUUUUUUUUUUCCUCUCGAUAUUGGCAUGUUCAGCGUUGAUACUUUACAAUGGUUUCAGGAGCAACUCAAUUGGCUUGAGCUGGCGUCAUCUUUGGCAAUGUGGAUAUUUCUGAUCGCGGAGUAGAAAUGCCAAGAAGGAAAUUAAGAAAUAUUUUUGAUUCCCCCAACCAGGGAGGCUUAAACGUAGCUCACACAGUCAGUAUUGGGCCUCUGCUGCAUUGUGCAUUCGCAGCCCACCGCUUCCUUCUGCGGCCGCUUCUGCUUGUGCCUGGAGGAAAAAAA